GCAAGGCCUCAUCCCGUACCACCUCCGUGUUUCUGUGCUUUCCCUAUUCCAUUGCAAUGAAUGCUCUAUCGCGCAGAGAGGAGGAGACGCUGCUCAAGACCGCAAAGGCGAAAGCCCUGAAGGAGUGUGAUCCCGUGGUCAAGGAGUUUGCUGACUGUGCAACCGGCCGGACAUUCUCGGUGGCAUGGGCAUGCAGAGAAAAGUACAAAGACGUGCAAGAUUGCAUGUACCAGUAUACGGGUCCAGAGCCCAUGGCUGCUAUGCGCGCAGAAUACCUUCGCUUACGGAAUGAGCAACAAGCAAGCCGUGAUGCAACACAAGCAGCAUGAUUCAUUGUGCUAUCUUGUUCACGCAUCUUGGGAAGGCACCUCACACUAUAGGUCGCUGUACGGUGGUGAACAGAGAUUGAUUGGGUCGCCCAAGGUAUUCCGAAGGCAUGGCCGCGUCAGUGGAAGUUGUU